ACCUCUUUCGCCAAGCUACUGCUGCUCUCUCGUGCACCCGCACGACCUCUCACGACCUCGACUCUUUCACGACCUUCCGCCUCACGCCCGUCAUGAAGUUCUCCGCCCUCGCCCUCGCCGCUGUCGCCAUCGCCUCGGUCACCGCCGCCCCGGUCGCCGUCGAGGAGCGCAGCCUGGAGCAGAGGUGGGGUCGCUUCAGCGGCAACAGCGUCAACUCGACCGACUCGAGCCAGGUCGCCAAGCGCUGGGGACGCUUCUCGGGCAACUCGGCGACCGCCUCGACCGACUCGUCGCAGCAGGCCAAGCGCUGGGGUCACUACAGCGGCAACUCGGAGGACGCCGACGCGAGCCAGGCCGCCAAGCGCGACCUCGAGGAGCGCUGGGGCCGGUUCUCGGGCAACUCGGAGACGGCUGACCCGAACCAGGCCGCCAAGCGCGACCUCGAGGAGCGCUGGGGCCGGUUCUCGGGCAACUCGGAGACGGCUGACCCGAACCAGGCCGCCAAGCGCGACCUCGAGGAGCGUUGGGGCCACUACAGCGGCAACUCGGAGGACGCCGACGCGAGCCAGGCCGCCAAGCGCGACCUCGAGGAGCGCUGGGGCCACUACAGCGGCAACUCGGAGACGGCUGACCCGAACCAGGCCCAGUAAACCCUUUCGCCCCUAUCGACGCACUUGUCUCCCUCCUUACACGCCUCCCGACACUUCAUUUCACGCCCUCGCCGCUCCAGCACGACGCGCACCUCCCCGAACACCUCACGCCUUUGACGAGUCCUUUACGCCCACCUUUUGCUGUAAUGCUGUCCUUUCUUCACCUCUCUCGUCUGCCGACGACGAGAGCGAG